AUGCUUGCUUCUCCAUCGCCGUUGCCACAUGAUUUAUCCCUAGAAGAUACUUCUUCAUAUUACCUCCGUUCAAUCCCAGUCACCGAUUUUGCAACGUUUUCGGUUGUAGCCUUCCUUCUCCUCCUCUCUCUCCUCUCCCUAUUCUGUAUCUUUCACCUCCUUCUCAAAUCCCGUUCUUCCCUCCACCUCCGGAGUUUUAACAACCUAUGGACCAUCCGCCUGCUUCUCGUCGUCUUGGUCGCCUGUUGGGCCCUUACUCAGAUCCUCCGCCUCCCCUUCAUCCGAGAACCCUUAACCUUCUCAAAACAAGCCUACCUAUGCAAAUUCCACAUCGUGCUUUCUCUUGGUUUUCUCGUCACCCUGCUUUAUCUGAUCAACCUCUCCAUCAAGCAACGAAACCCGUCAGAAAAAUGGUCUGUACUGCUUUUGGUUAUGUUAAUGACCCUACCAAUGUUGAUUCUACAAAUAAUCUUGUUGUUCUUUACGCCAUUGAAGGAGCAACUGCCAUGGGUGUUAUCUGUUGAUAGUUUCGGGAACAAAAGGAUGAUUUGCACAUACCCAUUGCUAAGCAGUAUUGUUUUCUGUGCGUUUGCUAUCGUAUACUCAAUGGGGUUGUUGCUAGCUUGUUGGCGGGUGGUGUUAUUGGUGAUCAAUAAAACCAUCAGGUUACGAAUUAACAUGCUUGGGAUGACAGUGAUGAUGGCACUCUUGGUUCAGACUUUGUUCCUUGGGGCGGAGUGGUUAUGGAUGCCGGAGAACAUAGGUCUUAGCGUGGUGUCUUUGGGGAUAUUUCUGAGUGUGGCGGUUUGUGGUGUGGUUGGGGAGAUUAUGUUGGUGAUUAAACCCAUAAUGGAAGCUCUGGACACAGGAAAAACUACUUGA